AUGGGCCAAAACCUCAGUUCUGAGAAGCGUUUUAUUCUCAUCCCUGGUAAUGCUUUAUCCCUUUUCGGCGGUGUCAUAAUCCUGACUGUCCUCGCAUUCUGUGGACUCGCAUUUUACAACAUAUUCUUCCAUCCUUUGAGCAAAUUUCCGGGUCCGAAAUAUGCUGCUGCCACCGGUUGGACCUGGUGGAUCAUCCUAUGGCGCGGAGAGCUCGCCGAUUGGGUCAAGAAGAUGCACGACACGUAUGGCGAAGUGGUACGGGUUGGCCCGGACCGACUCAGUUACAUCAGCCCGCAGGCCUGCAAGGAUAUCUACGGCCACAGGACCACCAAGCGCUUGGAGAACCCCAAGGAUACCCGAAGCUACGAGCCCGAGUUCAAUGGCGCCGACCACAUCAUCAACGUCCCGGAUGUCGCCAAGCAUGGCGAACUCCGAAAGAUCUUCACCAACGCCUUUUCAGACCGAGCCCUGAAGCUCCAGGAGCCACUCAUCAACAAAUACGUUGAUCGACUCAUCGAGAACAUGCACCGCAUGGUCAAACAGCGUCUGGAUAUGGUCGUGCUCUAUAAUUCAACCACAUUUGACAUCAUGGGAGAGCUGGCCUUUGGCGAGUCGUUGGGACUCCUGGAGUCAUCCGAGUACUCGCCGUGGGUCAAAGCCGUCUUCGCCAAUAUCAAAGUAGGCGCCUUUUCGCAAGUCGGUCUCGAAUACCCGUUACUCGGCAAGUUGAUCAAGCUUUGUCUGCCUCGGUCCAUACUCGAACUGCAGAAAACACACUUCCAGCACUCUGUCGAUCGUGUCAACCGUCGUAUGGAGAAGGGAAAUGACCAGCCCGACAUUUGGAACCUCGUCCUUCAGAAAGCAGGAAACAAGCUGAGCCUCGACGAGAUGUAUGCCAACUCUUCAAUAUUCAUGAUGGCCGGAACAGAGACGACGGCAACGCUUCUUAGCGGUCUGACCUACCAUCUCCUGAAGUCCCCGGAUAAGCUACGGAUCGUAACAGAAGAAAUCCGAUCUUUGCCUGAGGAAGAACUCACAUUGCAGAAUCUUCCGCGGCUAACCUAUCUAUCCGCCUGCUUCGAAGAGGGUUUGCGCUGCUAUCCGCCGGUCCCCGUUGCUCCGACGCGCGAAGUCGCAAAGGGGGGCAAUGCCAUCUGCGGACAAUGGAUCCCCGAGAAGACCCGUGUUGCGGUUCCCAACUGGGCAGCAUACCGCUCUCCGUUGAAUUUCAAAGAUCCAGAGUCCUUCAUCCCAGAGCGCUGGCUUCCAGGAACGGGAUUCGACAGUGACCGAAAGGACGUGUUUCAGCCUUUCUCGAGCGGUCCACGUAACUGCCUUGGGAAAAAUCUUGCAUAUCACGAGAUGCGCAUCAUCUUGGCAAAGGUUCUGUGGCACUUCGACUUACAGCUGUGCGCAGAAAGCAACAAUUGGGCGGAUCAAAAGACCUACGGGCUGUGGGAAAAACCGGAGCUCUGGGUGCAGGCUAAGCCACGUCAUUAG